AUGCCUGCGAUAGCGGUGCCAGCGCUGAGCCCAGGUCUCCGCAAAAUCGUUACAAGGCCUAACCAACCUUCGAAUCCCCCUACCAUUGACGAUGCUGCUGUAUCGUGUAUAAUAGCAUUCCAGGCAAUUGAUGCGCGCCUUCAUACCAACCAGCCUGUCACCAACGAAGAUAUUGUAUGCACAGCGCAAUAUCAGGCACAGGUCAUGGCCGGAGUUGAAGAGGGCCAGCCGCCUUGGUUCGCAGCUGCCAUGACCCCAACUACUGCAGCCCAGACUCAAAUGGACGCCAGAAUCGACUCACUUGUGGGAGAGACAAGGACAGGGAGGCGUACAGCUGCUCUUUUGUGGAAUCGCACACACGGAGUUGCAUCCGAUGCUCGCCUUGAGGUGGUACCCUUUGCUGAUGGAACAGAUCCUACGAGAGAACCUCACAACCUCCAGGCAAUCACGUCUGCAGGGAUGAUUUCUACGCUGGCAUAUGAAGACAAGGUUGCCUAUUUCACCAAUUAUUACUGUGGUGAAGAGGUCCCUGCUGCCGCGCAGCUCAAUAGCCACAUUAUCCAGGUUGUUGGUGUCAAGCGUAAUGUCUCUUAA